AUGGAUGAGCUGCUCUGUGACGAACUGCUCCAAGAAAUCUUCACCAGAAUUCCAUCAGCCCCACCUCCAUCGAUUCCUCUGGUUUCAAAGCGGUGGCUCUGCCUCUACAGAGCUUCAAAAACCUCCCUAUCCCUUAGAAUCACUCUCGAUCACCACCAGCACCAGAACGCCAAUUCCUCCGCCGCCGCCGCCGCUCUCUUCCGGUCCUUCUCUUCCUUUCUCUCCCACUACCCUUUCCUCUCUUCCCUCUCCCUCCUCCUCAACGACCUUUCUUGCCCUCGCUCUCCAAGCUUCAACGAUCGCCUUCUAUUUCUAAUUUCCUCUCUCUGCUUGAAGCUCAAGCAGCUCAAAUUCCUCCCCUACCCUGUCUCUGUAAUUUCCCUUCGUUCCCUCUCCCAUUCCUGCACCCUCCUCACUUCCCUCACGGUUUCCCUCUCAAGACCGCUGCUUCUCCACUGGGUCGCCUGGUUUGCUUCCUUGAAGGAAUUAUCCGUCUCUGUCUGCGAUGGCGACGAAAGGGGAAUUGGGUUUUCUUUGGAUGAAGGAAAAGAUUCCGAAUUGGGAUUGGAGAGCGUCUCUUUCGCAGGAAUUGGAAGAGACGAUUCUGGGCUAGGGUUUCUAUGGAGGAGCUGCAAGAAGCUAAAGAAAUUAAGCCUCAAAAGCUGCGAAGGUAUUGGAGAUGGCGGUUCCUUUUCCUCGUUUACCCACUGUUUGAUUCAUUUACAAGAAUUAGAGCUGAGAACUUGUAGAAAUAUAGCCGACGGAGUCCUCUUAAGACUAGCUGAACACUCCACCUCCUUGAAUUCCUUACUCGUUUAUGAUGGUGGGAGCAGAGAUGGAUUGCUUAAUUUCAUCACCAACUCGAAAUGCCAAGUCUCGAACCUUGACUUCCGCCUUCCUCUGGACCUAAGCAACGACCAUCUCUCAGCAGUGGCCACAAACUUCAGGUGUCUCAAAUCUCUGAGACUACAGAGUUGCUGCCUUGUCUCAGGUGAAGGCCUGAAAGCUCUAGGGAUCGCCAUGAGCUCGGGCCUCGAGGAACUGGCCUUGAUCAACUGCGAUGUGGUCGAGAGGGAAUCCGGUUUGCUUGCCACAUUGGGGCAGAACUUGAAGCAGCUGAGGAAGCUGGAUUUGUCGUAUAACGAGUACCUGUUCGAUAAGGAGUUCAUUGGCAUGCUGGCCUCUUGCUGCAAUUUGGUUGAUCUCAAGAUAAGAGGUUGCAGGGGGUUGACUGGUCUGGCCAUGGUGGCUGUCUCCAGGAGCUGUAAGAAGUUGGAGCGUGUUGAUGUUGUGCACUGCAGUGGGAUCACAGCUGAUGGUGUAGAGACCUUGGUGGUGAAAUCUUCGAGAUUAAGACGAGUUCAAGUCGAGGAGACCAAGGUUUCGGAUGUUGCGAGGGGAUGGGCGAAUAGGAGGUUCAUCGAGGUUUCGGCUUGA